ACCCCUGUCCGUCCCCUCUGGAGGGGACAGAUGCCUCUGGAGGGGCAUCUCCCCCCAGUGCGGGGCAGAGCAGCCCUUUCCAUCGGGGUUUUCGUGCUGUCGGUGUGAUUUCAUGGUGCCUGGGCUCGGUCACGGGGCUGUGAAGGGGGAUGUGGGGCACGGGCAGGGUGCGGUGCCCAGGCAGCUGCUGGGAGCAAGAUGCCAGUGACCAUUCAGAAAAUGAAGUGAAGAAAUCCAGCAUACCAUCAGUUGCUGAACCAUCAGAGGACCAGAGACCUAUAGUUGAAUUCCCACCAUCACUGAACGACUUCCCAGCAGUUGAGACAUUCUUGCCUGAACCCUCACAGUCUGGGGGUAAAACAUCUCAGGCUGGGCCAUCAGCACCUGUAGUCAAACCAACAUGUGAAAUAUCAGAGCAGCCAAUGGUGUAUGAAGACCCCUAUGAAGUCUCUGUUAAGUAUAUGGAGAAACAUAAUAUUCUGCAGAUAUUUCAGGAGAUCACAGAAAAACUGGUGUAUGAGAAGCCUGAUGACCCUUUGCAGUUCAUGUUGCUGCAGGUGCAGUCUAUGAUAAAUGCCCGGCAGGCAGAAAUGGAGGGAAUAUUGGAUGAGAGCAAAGAUAGAGAGGAGUUUCUGGAACAAGUCCUGUGCACUCCUUUUGGCCCCUACUGACCUUGCUAUUGUGAUGUUGCACAUGGCCUUUGCAGCAUCCUGCUUUUGCAACCAGUGGAAGUAACUUUGGAAAUGUCUGCUGGUAUCUCUGUUUCUUGAUUUUUCAUGUGCUUGCGCUUCUUCUUUAAUAUAAAUCCUGUAAUCUAGUGUCUUUAUGGACACACAAACUCAAAUCUGAAAGAGAGCAUGAACCUGCAUGCACAUAUGGCACAUUUUGAAAAGGCUGCUCUCCUGAAAUCUUGUAUGGUCUGUACAAAUCCACAACUCCCACAUGUAGGCCACCACUAGAUUCAACUUUUCUGUGCAGGGAAACCUCACAGCGCAGACGAUACAAGUGCAAAAGCAAGUAGAAUUAAAAAGCAGCCCUGGACAACCCACAGUCCUCAAUGUUUCAUGCUGCAUUGGUGGCUUACUGUCUCAAACUAUGCAGUAUCACCAAUGUCCAUCUAACACUUUGAAGUCCACACUGGGAGAGGCUCAGCCAGUAGUGCCUCAAAGCUCCUCUGCUGUCCCAAAGCUCCUCUGGCACAAGGAGCCAUCUCUUUGUUGCUUCCACACACUGUCAGCAGCUGUCUCACUCUUAACUAUCCCUGCUGGGUUCAGAUCACUCUGCUUUUUGGUGCUGCCCUGCCUGUAUCAUUGCAAGUACAGUGUGUGUUUUGAUUAAAAGAACAGUAAAGCAACAGUUGCCUACACGCUCUGUGGCUUCAGAAGGCACUGUCACUCGGGAAUGUGAGAGGUGAAUAAAACUAAACAAACCAAAGACAUGCACUGGUAGCACAGGAAAUUCAGAGUUAAGAUACACUUUGCAAACAUGUCAUUUGAACUGCUUUUAAUUCUCAAAACACUUGCAAUGCUCAUUUUCAUACUUUCCAAGUGUCUGUUUUCACCCUCCAAAGGACGUUUGUAUUUCUUGUCUCUUGUCUGAAGAUUAUUGAAAAUGUGCAAUAGACCAUACUGUUAUUUUGGCAUCAUUUCAUGUGUAUGUGCAGUAGGUGCCAGAAAGCUUUUUGUCACUACAGACUUUUCUCUUUUUUAGGCAAGUGCUCUAAUUUCAUGAUGGAUAGUAGCAUGUUCCCAAAUGUCUGUCUCUGGCUAUGAAGAGAGCACCACAGAAACUUAUCUUCCAUCUAUCUAUUUGCAGCUAAAAGUCUGAUGAUUAGGUUGUGUGAUACUCCACAGCAGACCCUGGGCCCAAAAAGUUUGGGAAUAACAGAGGCAAGUAUUUGGCAUACAAAUUCUGCAUCUGUGAAGAGAUGCCUUUCUAUCUAAGAUUCAAAAAAGAUGAGUUAACUCCUGUGUUUCCAGGUUAAAGGCAGGAAGCACCUCUGUCAUUCACAGAGCACACAGGUUUUCAAGGUACUAUGAUCCCAAAGAUAGCUAAAGAUUAGAUAGCUCUUCAUGGGUUUUGUAAGAGUUAUGAUGUGGUCUUAGGUGUCUAGGUCCCACUGAAGCACUGAAGUGCUUUUGAAAGCCCUGCUUAUUUUCAGCAACUAGAUGAAUUGGAUUGCUUUUCAGGCUUAUAUAGUUUUGAUCAAGAAUUUGCAAGGGAAGUGCUAAAGCACCUCUGUGAAACAGGAAAUGAGUGGAAGAUAAUCAACAUCAUGUGAAGAUACUGGCUGAGGCUUUCUGAUCUCUGUGCUCGCUUGUCAGCACAUUUUCCGAGAGACAGAGGGGUUGGCAUGUCUUUGAAUUUUAUUGUAGAACAGAAUUAAGGUACUUUUGGGUACAGCCAUAGCUGUGAAUUUCCUAGGUUUCUAUCAUUUGUAUUUUGUUAUUCUGUUUUACUUAUGAAAAACUUGUGAGUUGUGACGUUAUCAGGCUAUAGGUGUGUGCCCUCAACUUCGUGUCAGCAUCAAGAGUGUUAUGCAAGGAAAGUUCCUUAAUUUCUCUCAGACAAAUUGAAAAGAGCUGUAAAGUAUUCCUCCUAUAGGUGCUGGAAGUUUUGCAAGAAAGGCCCUACACAGUGUUCUUCAGCAAUCUCAGGGCCAAAAUUUUCCUUUUGUGUGUUGAAGACAAGGAGAAAAGUUAGAUUUAAAAUGGAAACAUUUAUUACAGCAUUAAUUCCAGAGUGACUGUCCCUUUUCCAUAAACUCUUUCCCAAACCUUUGGAUCCUUGUUUCUUCUUCAUAAGUGGACAUUUAUCACCAUGGCAUUAAACUGUCAUUAAAUUUCUUGCCUUGGGUGCUCUGAAGGAAUUAACAGUUCAUUGUGUGUAACCGAAACUAUUCCAUAUAAGUCCUUGUGGCAUGCUAGUCACUGUAUAUUUGAAUGCCCUCCAGUAGUGUGCUAAGCAACGUGACUAACAUCUGCUGUUUGUUUUCUCCUCUGCACAAGGGAGAAUGAACUGACGUACAUUCUUUUAAAAAGGGUGCUUUGUGUUGUGUUGUUUUUUUUUUACCCACACCUGCGCAUUGCUUUGUGUUUCCAAUGGCUAAGGGUAAGUCACAGAGUGGAAGGUGGGGAGGCUGGAAAUAGUUUGUUGUUCCCAAGGGUGCCUACUCUGUAGUUCAAGACGGACAGUGAGCAAGCACAGUAUUUUCACGGAUGAGAAUUGUUGUUGAUCCAUGAACUGAUGCAGAAGCAUGACGUCCAGUUUGGCUUACGAAUAGCAUGGUCUUGUGGUGCACAGAGCAUUUCUGUUGUGAAUCUUAGAUGCCAUGGGGCCAAUCAGAAAGAGAUUGUACUCACCUUGAGAUAGGUGUCAUGGUUCAAAAGGCCAGAUUCUUUUUCUGCCAUCUCUGUAUAUAACUUGAAAGAAC